GAUAUCAGGUCCAACUUCAGAUAACGUAAUAGAUAACAAAAACAGUUCAGAUGAUGACAUGGAUGGAAACAGGGAUAUAACUCUAAGAAAAGCAAAACGUCAAGAAGCUUCAUCUAAAUCAACAAACUUAUCUGACAGUUUCUACGAAUGUGCAGAAGGAACAGAAGGAAUUAACGAGGGAACACCAUACAAUUUGAUUCCAAUACGUCGCUGGAUGCGUGAACAUUACACAAAGUUGACAAGGAAUAGAGCAAGAUGCAAUCAUUGUAAUGAAAAAUUUAGUAUAUGUCUUAGCCACUUACAUACUUUACAUAAGCACUUGGUAGAAGCACAUCCAGACAAAUUAUCAGAGGCAGAGGAGAAUGAAGUUAAAUUCCAUUGGAUUUGGGACUAUUAUAUCGCAAAAAGCAAUACAGAAGCAUCAUGUAAACUAUGUAAAGUAAUAGUUAGAUGCAAGACUACAAAUUGUUUAAAUCGCCAUUUAAAAAGAGAUCACGAGAUUUCAGGUCCAACUUCAGAUAACGUAAUAGAUAACGAAAACAGUUCAGAUGAUGACAUGGACGCAAACAGGGAUAUAACUCUAAGAAAAGCAAAACGUCAAGAAGCUUCAUCUAAAUCAACAAACUUAUCUGACAGUUUGUACGAAUGUAACAAUAUCAAUGUAUCUGUGGUUAGUCACCAAUGUUCCGUACACAGCGAUCAUAAUGGCAGAGACAGAAGCAGGAGCCAAUUUUAUUUCAGUCCGCCGCUGGAUCCGUGGACAUUACACGAAAUUGACAAGGAGUAA